AUGAGGGCCCGCGAGUGGCCCAGGGGCCAUCGGGCCACUAACUACUCGAGGUGGUCCAUAGCCACUGCACCAUAUGAGGUGAGUGUGAUACAUCCGUGUAACAAGCCAGCCUUGCUCGCGCGGAUUGGGACCCACGGGACCGGGGACGUGGCCCCCUUCAGGGCCCGCGAGUGGCCCAGGGGCCAUCGGGCCACUAACUACUCGAGGUGGAGCGUAGCCACUGCACCAUAUGAGGUAGAGUGGCAGUCUGACUACGAGCCGUAUCUAGUGGUCCACCGUUCAGUUCCCAAGUACGACACGCGCUUCUCCGGCUUCGGAUGGAAUAAGGUAUCCCACAGCGUGGAGUUGCGCGCUCAAGGCUACCGGCCUGUGGUCCUCCCGGGGGCGUUUGUAGUUCACACGCCGCACGCGCCGUCACCCGACAUCACUGCCUUCAGAGCCAACCCGCACUAUCGCAUGUGA